UUCGCUCGCGUGAUAUGUUCAAUUGCCCUCGUAAAGGGACAUUUCCAGCAAAAACUCGCAUCUGUCAUGCUCCUGCAAAACAAACUAUCCGACUUAGCCCUGGAAACAAGUAAUUUAAUACGGAAGGAUAACUGUUUGCCCUCAGUGUUUUAAAUGUAACACAAAAGAAAACGCGCGUGCGGAAAAGAAAACUAUCGAGUAGCCUUGAACUCACCAUAAUGUCCAAGCUGUACCAGUGAUUCACUUCAAAGUCCUGCAAGCGGACACCGACUUUACGCCUGUGGCUCCGUGUUGAUUUUCACUUUACCCCUCGUUUAUCGUCGAUAUCGAGUGAUUCUCACAAUUCACCGAACUUAAAACGCAAACGAAAUUUAUUCUGCUGAAGAUAUUUUAAUGAUUCUGUCUGCUACUGGCGUUGUUUGCACGUUUGAAGGUAUGGACACACAUGUCGGCUCGCAGAGAGAGCCUUCCUCCGCAGCGGGAAGCUAGCCAUGUCUCGCUAAGACCAUCAUCAGGACUUCCUCUGAGAACUCCCUGCCCUUUGUGGACCCUCCAUUGGCUCCAUCUCUGAAGUUUGGAAGCAACAUGGGAGAGAGACGGGCACGCUCCUUCCAUAUGACGUGCCACCUACAGCGGGACUAUGGGACAAGGCUGGGGGGUCCCUUCGCCAGAUACAGCCCCAAUGGCUAUGCUGGGACCAGUCUGAGUCUAGACCAGGAGAUGGAAGCUGACGAUUCUCCAGCCGUGGUUGCCGAGAACGAGGCCUCCAUGCCCAACAGCAGCCUUUACUCUCCUGUUUCACUGGAACUGGACCCCAGUGCGGUAAAUAAUGGAUCAGACGUCCGCCACUGCUCGACGGCUAAAGACACGGCCCUGCAGAUCGCACACGGCCAGCUCCCCGUCGCUUCGGCGCCUCUGCCGCAGUCCAGCUGGCUGCACCACCACCAAAAAGAGUUCCAGCGGCCGUACGUCAAGACGAGCAUGCAGGGCGAUGUUUACAACUUCCUCGAGAGACCUGCUGGGCUCAAGUGUUUCCUCUACCACUUCCUUGUAUUCCUCAUGGUCCUGGUGUGUCUCAUCUUCAGUGUUUUGUCCACAAUCGAGCAGUAUGCCGAUAUUGCCACUGGAUCCCUCUUCUGGAUGGAAAUCGUGCUGGUGCUGUUUUUUGGAAGCGAGUACGUGGUGCGUUUGUGGUCGGCCGGCUGUCGCAGCAAAUACGCUGGCAUCCGAGGACGCCUCCGCUUCAUCAGGAAGCCCAUAUCAAUCAUAGAUUUGAUUGUGGUUAUCGCCUCCAUCAUUGUGCUCGCUGUGGGCUCCAAUGGUCAAGUGUUCGCCACAUCUGCUAUCAGGGGCAUCCGUUUCCUGCAAAUCUUACGUAUGCUGCAUGUAGACCGACAGGGUGGAACGUGGCGGCUUCUAGGAUCUGUGGUCUUCAUUCAUCGACAGGAGCUGAUUACCACCUUGUACAUCGGCUUCCUCGGCCUGAUCUUCUCAUCUUACUUUGUCUACUUGGCUGAGAAGGAUGCAGUGGACGAGGAGGGAAAGACAGGCUUCUCCAGUUAUGCUGAUGCCCUGUGGUGGGGUGUGGUGACUGUGACUACAAUAGGCUACGGAGACAAGAUUCCUCAAACAUGGAUCGGCAAGGCCAUCGCAUCCUGUUUCAGCGUCUUUGCCAUCUCCUUCUUUGCUCUGCCGGCUGGUAUCUUGGGAUCAGGGUUCGCCCUGAAGGUCCAGCAGAAGCAGAGACAAAAGCACUUCAAUAGACAAAUCCCUGCUGCAGCUUCUCUUAUACAGACACUCUGGCGGUGCUACGCGGCAGAGAAACCCAACGGUUCUGCAGCGACUUGGAAAAUGUACGUCCUCACUCCGGAAGCCGUCACCGCGGCGGAAUCUGAGAACUCCAGCCCCAGCCUCAGGAAGCUGAACAUAUCGAAAAAGGGCCCCAAAAGAAGGAUGAAGUCGAUGCGAGAUAACGGCUCCAUCGGCGUGUCGUCAGAGAGAGCCGUCUCCAUCCCUCAAAUCACUUAUGAUCACAUCGACGACGCCGUUGAGAAGAAAGACGUCUCAUUCUUCAUGGAGGAGCCGAGUAGCGCUGUACAAGGAAUCACCAGGAUCAUCAAACAAACUGGACCCUGUCAUCAUUCUUGGUCGUCUUUCACUCUGAGCUGCCCUUCCUCUCCAGUGAAGAGAGGCCAUAGUGGCAGCAUGUCAAUCGACAUUACCCGCGCCAGCAGCCUGACCGACGAAUUGGACUGCAUGUGUGAGGAUAUUCCCCUCUCUGCGAUGACCGACAACACUCAUCUUUUGACCUGCCCGUUCGUGGCAUCGGUCCAGGACUCUUUCUCUACACACCACUUGAAUUCCACAAGUUCGGCAUCUGUUGUCUCGUGACCUGAGGCGGCCAGUCCGAACUCUUCUCUUCAUCCUCAGACCUAUAAAAGCCUACACUGGCCACCUGCGGGCAGCUCUUAAUUAGUUUGCCUUCUCCUGAGCUGGAUGGAGAUAAAUAAUGAAAAGCCACCGCCGCAGCGCCACAGGAGGGACUGGAGGCAGAGACGCAUGCAUCACGGCCCCUGGCCUCUUUAAGUAGGGGGCCCUCUCUGCCGAGCAACUGGCACCUUUUGUGCGGCCGUUGCUGUGAACAAAUUGACUUUUUGUCUGUGUGGCCUCUGUAUGCUUGUCUUGUACACUGUACUGUGAUGUCCACAGAAAGGCAGAGGUGUUGCCAGCAUAUGGUGUUCCGUCUCGAGCAAAAUGUUUGCAUAGGAGUCUUUUCAAACCGUGCACGUUGUCUCCUUUGACAAAUGUUUAUGACGCGACAAGCACUUACUUCUGUAUUUUUCAUGCUUUCGAAAAGGAAGGACUUCUGAAAAUGUGCACGUUUGGUUCAUUGAAAUCAAUCAUGUUCAUACUAGGGCUGUCAAAAUUAUCGCAUUAACGCGCGGUAAUUAAUUUUUUAAAUUAAUCACGUUAAAAUAUUUGACGCAAUUAACGCACAUGUCCCGCUCAGACAGUAUUCUGCCUUUUUGUAAGUUUUACAGCAAGGUUUUUUGUGCUGUCUGACAGCGAACUCUUGUGGUCACUUUGUGACAUGGUUUAUUGCUUUCUUGCCAGUUCAAUAUGGCUGCACGACGUCUCGGGCUGACGCCUACGUUGUAAUGUUGUGCUUAUAUGAUCCUUGGACAAGAUUUGUCCGUAAAUAUGGUUGUUGUAAAGAAUGUACAUAUUAUGUUAGUAAGCGAAAUGUUCUAUUUUUUGUAUGAGACGCUUUUUGUUUAUGUUUAGUGAACCUGUAUAGCGUGCUAAGCUAAAGUUGUUGCUAAUGCAAUGCUUGUGUACUUUUUUUUUUUGUAGUUUUACUACGGUCUAAAGAGGACAGUGGUUUGAGGCAAUUUUAUUAAUAAAUCAGAUGAAAAAGGAAGAAGUCUGAUUAUUAAGGCGUCGUUCACUAGCUGUCUAGCUUUGGAAAAAGUAGACGCUUCGGAGUGAGGACAGCAUAGACAGAUUUAAAUGACAGUAGAGUGAAAUGACCACUACAGUCCUUAUGUACCGUAUGUUGAAUGUAUAUAUCCAUCUUGUGUCUUAUCUUUCCAUUCCAACAAAUUAUUUUACAGAAUAUAUAUAUAAUUUACAGAAAAAUAUGGCAUAUUUUAUAGAUGGUUUGAAUUGCGAUUAAUUAUGAUUAAUUAAUUUUUAAGCUGUAAUUAACUCGAUUAAAAUUUUUAAUCGUUUGACAGCCCUAGUUCAUACGUGACCUAUGAUUUUUUUUUUUGGCUUUUUGGGGAAUUAGUGUAGUCACUCAACCUUUAUUGCAGUCUUACCUUACAAUAAAAAUACCAUAAAGGUUCUACGGUAGAGAAACGGGAAAAAAAAAAAAAAUAUCCAAAUCACGAGUGCUGCAACGAUUAAUCGAUUAACUCGAGUAAUUCGAUUAGAAAAAAGCUUUGAAUGAAAUUUUGCUGCUUCAAGGAUUUGUUAAUUAGAGUGGUGUUGUAAUAGAUUGUUUUGAAAGAUUUAAUUGAUUUGGGUGGAUACACAGCCUCUAGUGGCGAAAGUGAAUAAGCCAUAACUCGUGUAACAUGGCGAAAUCCAGCAGCUUCCCUGUUACAGCCAACAUAAGUUUUUCUUUGAGCUAAUAUGUUUGUUUAUGCAUUCAUAAUUUAGUUUAGAAGUAUAUUUAAAAUUUGUGGGAAGAUGUGUUUGAAUGAUUUGUUAAGAGUUUUGUAAGUAAACGUUAGCACUGUAUAGCAUUUAAGCUAGCGGACUUUUGCUAUGCAAGUGAGUCAUUUGUUCUUUUUUUGUUCCUAGAUCCUCAUUUAUUAUAUUUUUUAAUACCGUUUGAGGCCAAACUCUGGUAUUUUAAUUUAGUCUUAAAUUCAUUUAUUACUCUUGUGAAAUGAAAGUGCAACUCUGCAUACUCUGACGAAACACUCAGGAAUUUUAUUUUGUAUUCGUGUUUAAUGAUAUUUUAAAAGUGCAAUCUUAGCACGCGAAAUAAAUAAUGCUGCUAGCAUAAACACUUGCUUCUUUAGUUUUUACAUCUACUAAAAUUUACUCUACAAGGCAUCAAAUGUUUGUAGUCCGAUUACUCCAUUAUUUGAACUAACUAAUCAAUAGAUAAAUCGAUUACUGAAAUAAUUGAUAGCUGUAGCCCUACAACUCACCAUUAGCCUAUUACGACAUAGUACUCAGAGCAGGUUUAGUGCCCGGGACUCACUCUAUUGAUAAUUUGGUCAGUUUGCCUUUUUUGAAGAAGCUCUCUAAACACCUGUGUUCCUUUAUUGUGUUUGCUAGCUGGCUAGUUGGUUUUGGUUAGCUGAUGUGCUUUUUUGAUAAUAAUGCCUUGGAUUUAUAUAGCACUUAUUUUGGACACUCAAAGACGAGACUCAAAGACGAUUUACGUUGCAUUAUUCUUUCACUCCGCACUCGAUGGUGGUAAGCCACUUUUGUAGCCAGAGCUGCCCUGGGGCAGUCCGACAGAAGUGAGGCAGCCAAUCCGCGCCAUCGGCCCUUCCAACCACCAUUUGACCACUUGUUCUCACACAGGCAAGGAGUUGUUAAGUAUCUUGCCUAAAGAUACAAUGACAACGGGUACAGGUGGGAGCCGUAAUUUAACCCCCGAACCUUCAAUCAGUGGCUUACACGCUGAACCACCUUCACCACAUCACUGUUUAUUUCCUAAACCCGUGACCAAUUUGACUGAGGCCCACUAUGACUUGAUGAUUAAAAAAAAAAAAAAAAAAAAAAACUUCUGGUUUGUCAUUGAAGGUCUUGGUAAAACAUCACAGCUAACUUGCUAGCCAACACCACACAACGACAGCAAUGGCUCUCUUGAAAACAAUUUACCUCACAUGUUAUGACACUUUUCUCGUUUACCGUCAAGAAGAUGCUGUAUGCCUUGUUUUCUAAUGUCGCUACCUUAAACAGGUGUCAUAUAGGAGCUUGGAGGGUUGAAAAGGUCUCUUUUCCAACAUUUUGCUGACAUAUGUAAGGUGCACUUAAUGGCUCGUCAUUACGCUGGCAACUGCAGCAAGCAAGUCAAAUUAAAACCCAACCCAGUUCCUACUUGGAAGAGUCCCAGAAUUAGCAUAGAUGCUUCCCUGUCCCUGUGAGGUGUCCCCCCCCAGCGCACCCUUCUUUGGUCUGACAUUAGCGCCGACACCUGGAUAAAUACACUCCAUCUUCUCGCUCGGCCUCCCCAAGGAUGAAAAGUGCAGUGUACAGCGGCACCUGAGUAGCCUGUUUGUACAGCCCGAUCUUGAAGGUUUCCUCCUCACUGCUUUUGGCUUGCCUCUUGUACUCGCAGGAUUCCAUGCCAUUUGAUGUGGAUAUGGAGACUUGAUGGUGGAAGGUUGGGGGAGACGUGAGUACAAGGAGGAGAGGGUUUAUUCAGGUGUGGCGACCAGUACCGCUGCCACCCGACCUCUGAUGUUGCGUCCAUAGCCAGGUGCCGCAGCUCUGUCAGAAAGCCUCCUCUGUUGUUCCGGCCCUGGAGAUGAAUAAAGGGCCUGUUGAUGGAACUCAUCUGUGAGGGGGCUGUGUCCCCCUACCCUUGCAAAUGUCAGAAUGAGAGGAUAUAGAACAUGUGGGGCUGUUAACCUACUCGAGAAGAGAUGAAACUUUGAAGAAAGGCAGUCAUAAAAAAAUGUUUCAGUUAGCAAAAAAAAGCUAACCAUACUAUUGCAUACUUAAGUAGCUACAGUAUUUGUACUUAUAGUAGUUACUGCAAUCACUGUUGAAGUCAGAUGUGUUCUUGGCUAAAUUGGUCUGUUGCCUCUCCGGCUGGUGUACGGCUGAGUUUUUCCACUGCUGUUAAGGAACUCCGCUGUAUAAAAGAGUUAAUAGUGAGGGACCUCCCGGGUGGGCUAUGGCAUUAAAUGGGACAAAUAACCCCCCUAUAAAAUGCUCCUCUGGUGCUGAAAGGCCAUACUCUUUAAAUGUAUAUGUGCUUUAAAUGACUCGUGCUGAGCACUCCUGUAAUUUUUAAAGCUCGCCUUUUUCAUGUCUAUCAAAAGCAGAGGUGUCGAAAGGUACUUAAAAAAAAAAAAAAAUUAUGCAGUGGUUCACUGCCAGCCCUCCCAAUUAGAAUGGUUUUGACAUCUAUCACUGUCAAUUGCAGUGAAUGCUUUAAAAGGGGAAUUUCAGAAAUUUUGACAUUAGUUGAUUUCAACAAAUUAUGUGCUGUUUGUCAGUUAUUUGUUAGUUUCAGGGCGUAGUGGCUUAGCUAGAGCGAGUCAAUGGUCCUAUUUUAGCAUAACCAAAUAUGCACGCAUGAGAAUCACCGAUGACCCAUGCAAUCAAUAGUGUUGGCUAAGUUUUCAGUAUAAAGUUAUUAAAACCUACCAUCACAUGUCAAUAAUUGUAGUUUGAACAGCAACAUUUGUAAUCCAGCAGUUUUGCAGGGAACAGGCUGCAAAGUGGAGUGAUAUUUUUACCACUGGUGUGUUUAUGUCGUAGCCAGGAAAAAUAUCAAUGGAACCUUCGAACUGAGAGGCCCUAGUCGCGAAGUCAGGGGAAAAAAAAGGUACCCCGACUUCCCGAGUUGCUUCAGUCUGACGUCACUUGACAAAAUGGCGCUGGAUGUCAAAAAGCAGACCGUCAAUAGUAAAACUAAAGUAGGCAGUUUACGGUGUGUGCUAUUCACCUCAGCCGUCAAUUUUCCUCCACUAUUUGAUCGCUUACGAGAAGGCAGGUUUGCUGGAGGUCUAAAUGUCUUUUGAUGGCCAAAAUGAAAAAACAACUUGUCGCGAUCAGGUCGCAACUGGUACCAUCCAAGUGGCAUAAGUCCGACUUCCCACCUUCCUUGAAUGCAGCAUGAGCACGAUUAGCCGAAUAACUCUCUAUUAAUAAUUAAACUAGUCCUACAGAAUAAAAUGAAAUACGGCAGUUUGGUGUGACAUUGUUAUGGCAGCAUGGAUAUUUGGAACAAUGAUCUGCAUUGUAAAUUUAUUUGACUAUGUUGGAUCAGUAUCGUUUUUUUAUUGACAUGCUAAGAUAGGACCACUGACUCAUGCUAGCUCACUCCAGAGUUCUGAAACUAACAAAUAACUAACAAACUGCACAGAAUUUGUUGAAAUCAACUCCACUGACUAAUUAAACCCCCACUAACUCGAAGAUGGAGCCUAAUGUAAAAAAUUCUGAACUUCCGCUUUAACCAUUCAUAGUGGAUUCAUUGAACUCAUUCGCUGCUGUUGAUGUUGGUAGACAUCCAAUCAAUUUUGACUAGUGCCAUCAAUGGCACUAAAAGAUGAGGAUUCACAACCCGAUUUAAAUGUAUUUGACGUCUAUCCUUGUCAAAGACAGGCAGUUAGAUUACAGGUAGUCCCCGGGUUAUAACGUACCCGAUUUACAAGUCUCAUUCGCCAUUCUUCAUUUUUUUUUUUUUUUUUUUUAAAAACUGUACCUAGUUCUUGCCAUUUCGGGAUCCCUACCUCGCCCAGCAGCGUUGUUGCCGUCCUGCAGUUCCUGACAGCGUCCGGUCCCACUUCCUUGAUCUGUUUUUUUGAGUUCGGACGGCGGGGUCGCAUUAAGAGAGGCGACGCUGGCGACCUGUGUGGCCAUGAUAUGCCCCCUCUCUUACCUCCUUACUCUUUCCACAGCGCCCUUUUUUCUCAGCAAGGUGACUCACUCGUGUGUAAAGCCUGAAUAGUUAAAAAAAUAUAUAUAUAUAUAUUUUUAUUAAGCCCGAAUAGUCAUUCAAUAUAACGGCAUUUAGCACAAUGUAACUCACAGUAUUUUAUUUUUUUACUUUAUCUUAUUAAUAUGGUGUUUAAUACAUGUUUUUGUACAGUUAUUUUGUAUUUAGGGGUUCUUAAAGGGUUAAUUUCGACUUAUGCUGGGUUGCAUCGCCAGGGUAAGAACGGAACUCAUUCGUAACCCGGGGACUAUCUGUACUAUGAAAAAACUUUACAAUGUUAUUGAUGGCCAUAAACAAAGUGUAUUUCUGUUUUUGUUCAUUUUAAUUGUAUUCAUUUUGUUUUUCUAGGAUUCGAUUAAAUUGUUUUUAAUUCAUAAUAAUAUACAAAUAAUGAUUGAUAAUAAAAAAAUAAUAAUAUAAGCCGGGCAUCCACAUUGGUGGACAUCACAUUUUGGGUCAUGUAUUUGCAUAGUAAAUGUUAAUAUUGUGGCUUAUAUGAUCCAAAUUGUAAAGUCUACAUAUGUGGUCUUUGUUUUAUUUUAUUUUAUUUUAUUUUUGAUUACCCAAUAUAUAUGGUGAAAAACACUCAGGUGACAUGAAGUUCUGCUCUGAGACCCCCAAUUUGGCCAACUUUCAAAAUUGUCCGAUAUGGACGUGUGAUACAUCAUUGGAAAGCUUAAAAUCUCAAUUUUCUGUGGGAAGAAAAAUUCUGAACAGGAGGGCAUUUCUAGAAAAAAAAAAAAAAAAUUAAACAGCAAAACUCUAGCUGGAGGUGAGAGCACGCAAGAGCAGAAUUAAAGACGCCAUGACUUUAACGAGAUAUCAUUGCGUACUUACCUUGUUUCGAUCCUAAAACUCCAUGUAGCAUGUAUCACUGUAUCAAUGUGAAAGGCCACAGCUGGAUUUUUGGGGGAUUUUAUGGUUGAAACAUGGUAAUAUAACAAGGGUCGCGAUGCAGAAAUCGCAGACAUCAAGGAGUGGUCGAGAUGUUCUUUUUCAUAUAUUUACCCUUUUAAAUGUUGUUUUUGUAUUUUUCUUUGUUUGGAUCGAUUAUCAUUUAACAUAUCGGAGAAAAUGCGAUUGUAACAAAAAAAUACAAUUAAGCGCUAGUUAUGAGGUAGAUAUCCGUGACUUUUUUACAGACACCAUUUUUUUCAUUGUGACAUAAUUUGUUUAAAAGUUUAAAAUAUGAGAGUGAAUAAUUUUUUUCAAGUGUUUUUUUUUUUUUUUCCAAACGAAAUAUUAGACAUCAAAUCAUGAUUCUCAGCUAAAAAUGAUAGACAUUUUGAGUAAUAAAUACAAUUAAUUACCUAUGUUUUAUGGUUGGGUUGAAACAAAAGCAGUUGCGUGACGUUUGUAAACGGGGAUUUUGAGGGUAAAACGGACAAAUUAAAAUAGUUUGGGGGGCUUGUACCAUGAAUAUGCUAUGGCCGCAUAUAGACAUUUUUUUUUUUUAUCAAACACAACAAUUCUUUUGGCUUAAAAUACAGCAGUUUAUUUUAAAGAGGGUUGCAAGAGCAGAAAAUGCUUUUUCAGUCUUGUCUGGGUUUUCCGCAUACUGUAUAUAAAGACUUAUAGGAUACAAAUAGGUGUAGGGUUUUUUUUUAUUUUUUUUUAGUUAUUAUUAUAAUUCUAAUAAAUAUGACAUGAGCUCAGUCUAAUGUGUAUACUGGAAAAUAUGUAUAAAGUAAAAGUUUUUCAUUAGCUGAUUUUAUUGUAAGACACAGCAUUAAAUAGUGCACCCCAAUUUUGAUGAUUUCAGAUCACAUACUGUCAGAAUUUAUGAAAUAUUGAAUAAUUGGAGGGAAAUAUUAUUGGAAACUGAACAUAUUUCUUUUUAUGCGAUGUGUCCAGUCACCUAGGAUAAGCCUGAGAAGAAAAAGCACUUUAGAAAGAGAUGUACAGUAUAUUCCAUUGUGGAGGAUGGGAACAGCAAAUAAAUGCACUUCUUUUUAUAACCAGCAGGAUGCACUGUUGCAGCAUCAUUCUUCAACCUCUUGGCUCCUUUUGUUUUGGUUCUUUGUUUUAGUCAACUUGCCAUCAUUUUAGCUCUCAUUUCCACCCAGAGCAAAACGGCUAAGUGUAGUGUUUAGAUGAAGUGGAAAUGUCCUUGUAGAGUUUUUUCCCCCUCUAAUUUCCUGCCUGACUUUUGGUGUCGAAAGUCAGGCGUGUCUUGGCGUCAAGUCCAUCUCGCACCAACCAUUACCGACCGACGUGGCCCUGCUCAUUGUCAUAUUUCUAGCCCACUUUUCCAUCCUUCAGUGCGGAGGAAGCAGAAAAAGAAAAUAAUCAAGGAAACCACACUUUUCCCUCCCUAUCAAAGCUGUGUUUUUCUUUGUGCUCCGCUCCAAGCAUUCACGGCCUUUGCGGCGGGCUUCGAACAAAAGUUGCGGUCGCUCUCAAACACCCAGCUAACAGGAACCUGAUAUGUUUUUCUUUCAAUCUAUUGCAACCACUCUCGGAACAAAGAAUAAUUGAUCAAAAUGUAUGUGCAUUUGAUAUACAAUCUUUGAUCUAUGAUUUGUAUCAUUUUGUCUCAUUGUCUUUCUCAUUUCGGGUCAGGCCGCAGCACACAUUCUAGCGGUCGUCAUUUUCAGGAAAUACAUUGUUGGGAAGUGAGACGGAGUGUGUGCAUGUGUUUAAGCCUCUGCUUACGGGAAGCAUAUCUGCAGUUGGGGAUGAGUGGAUGUGUGGAUUGAUGGCAUGACGUGAUGCCUGCUUUGUUAUUGUCCUUUUAGUAAGUGGUCUGUGGGUGUCCAUGCAUUCCAAUACUUACUGUAAACCGUAAUUUUUGGACUACAAGCUGCUAUUUUUUUCGUUCAUUUUGAAUCCUGCGGCUUAUAGUCGGGUGCGGCUUCUUUGUUGAUUUAUUUGGGUUAAUAUGUAACACUUUAUUUGACA